CGUACCCCACCGUUGUCAUAGCAACAGAAACAUGGCUGCAGACACAACUGUAAACAAAACUUUUGCCGCUUUUUACCAAGAGUUUUGUGUUCAGCUCAAAAUCAACAUUAACAAAGAUGUUUUAGAAAUUCUAGAUAAGACAUUUAAAUCCGGGAGCGUCUGCUUGUCCAGGACCUUCACAUUAGAUCUGCCCGGAAACGGAGGAAGACGAGCUCAGAGGCUGGAGGAUGAAGAUGUUCUGGUUCUCUCAAAGUGUCUGCAGAACGACGGGAGGGUGACGGGCCUGGAUGUGAGCUACAACAACAUCAGCGAUGGAGGGGCCAAACACCUGGCUGACGCUUUACAGCUCAGCAGUUCGGCUCUGAAGUUUCUGGAUCUGAAGUUUAACAACAUCCAGGCAGACGGAGCAGAAUUCCUCGCCAACAGCCUGAAGAGCAACAGCAGCCUGCUGUCUCUCAGCCUGUCGGGGAACCGGUUCGGGGACAGAGGGGGAGUGAGCAUGUCCCGCAUGCUGCAGGUCAACAGCACGCUGCAGAUGCUGCAGCUGUCUGACUGCAACCUGGCAGAUCGGAGCGUGGCGGCGCUCGGCGCGGCGUUGAACCGUAACACAGCUCUCCAGGCCCUCGACAUCAGCCGGCCUUUGCUCUUCAGUCGGCAGGAGGAGUGGGCGGUGCACUUCUCCCAGAUGCUGACAGUGAACUGCAGCCUGCUGGAGCUCCACCUGGGGAGGAUGGGGCUGACGGACAGCGGCAUGGAGACGCUAGCUGAGGGUCUGACACGGAACCGCAGCCUGCGCUACCUGGACCUGCGCUGCAACCGCGUGACCCGUGACGGCGCACACCAUCUGGCUGAAGUGCUGAAGCAGAGUAAGACCCUGGAGAUCAUCGAUCUGUCGUCUAACAGGAUAGAAGACGAAGGCGCCGUUCACCUGAGCGAGGCGAUGGCCACGCAUGGCUGCUCCCUGAAGGACGCUGGCUCGCUGUGUGUCUGUCAGACUGUCUGUCUGCAGGAACUGCAUCAGGACGGAGGGCCUGCUGUCUUUGGCUCAGGCCGUGAAACACAACCAGAGUCUCACACACAUCUACGUCUGGGGAAACCGCUUGGAUGAGCCAGUCUGUCAGGUCUUCUCCGAGCUCAUCUCCAGCGGCCGCCUGCUGCCCGAGCACACGGACGUCAGCCCCUACCAGGUGGACGGACGGCUUUUCCUCGCUCAGGUCUUCCAGGGUCUAAGGAAACAGAUUUGCUGCAUCGACCGUGACCACAAACGCACCUGAGGAGGAGUCUGGACAUCCUGUCUUGUCCAGAUGCAGCAGCUCCUUCCUCUGCAGUUCUGCAGACUAAAUAAACCACCUCUGCUGAA